CGAUUCUCGGCUCGACUCACUCGAGGUCGCAACACUACGAACAGGAGGCCGUUGAGAUUGACCAGUUAUCAAGGCUGUCACUGCAAGGCUCAAUUUCUAAUUGAACAGUCGCAGCAGCGGGAAGCCGCCUUGCUUGAGGCCCUGAGGCGUCCUCACAACUGUGGUUCGUCCCUUUGGACGUCACACCUCACACAGACAUCUUGCCCACCAUGGCGAACCGAAUGUCCAUGUACUCGGUGGCAUCAGAAAUGCAUGGUGCUUCGAGGGGAACCGGACAGCAAUCUACCCAAGUCAGCACCACAACGCUACUGAACUCAAUCCAUAACAUCUAUAUAGAGGGGCAAGCAUACGGUCUCGAUGCUAGUUCAAGUGUCGUUGUAAACACAUGGCUUACAGCCAAUCCUCCUCCACCGAACCCCCCCACGGGCGGCACAAUCGACACAUCUCUUGGCGUCAAGGCAUGGGAACAUGCAAGAAGGCGUGCUGAAGAUGGUGCCAUCAUCCUCAGCUCUCUACACACGUCAACUCCGUCUGUGCUCGUUCCAUUCCUCAGCAAUGCCCUCCCCAUUCAGAUGCCAUCCAUGCUGUUUAAGGCACUCGAGGCGAUCCAUCCCUUCAUCCGAUGCGUGACACCAAACAACCCCUCUACUCCUCGACAGGCGGCCCUCGCCGUGACCUUGACACUGAACCUGGCGGGAGAGAUCCAAGCAGCCUCCGUGGCCCUCUCGCAGGGAGGUAUCGAUACGGACAAGGGCCUGCUGAACAUUCCCGCUGAGGCCGGCUACCGGGCGUUCGAUGUCUUCUACUACCUGCUGAACUCAGGUGCCACGCCUGCCGAGCGCGAAUUCCUCAGCCUCAAGAGCCCAGACACGUACACACUUCUCAAACGGUCAGGCACGUACGAACCGCCAUCCUACCUGAUUAAUUCCGACGAUGGUGCCGCUGCCGAUGAUUUCCGCGAUGCCCUCAAGCAGAUCGGCAUCAAGGGUUCUGCCCACAGGAACCUCAUCUCGACCCUGGCCGGUGUGCUGAAGCUUGGAAACACCCUCGACUACAAUAUCGAUGAGGACGCUAUGGACGACAUCAUCGAGGAUGCGGGUGGCCUCCUCGGGGUCGAGCCCGAAGUGCUCGCAACCCAGUGUAGUACCGAGGACAGGCAGACCUUCAUCGGUGGCCUGUACGAGGCUCUGGUGGACUGGGUCAUCACCAAGGCUAAUGCAGCAAUUGCUGCCGAGAUGGGCCACCCGGGCCGAGCUGCGGACGAUAACAGCAGCGAGGGGGGUGUUCGGACGCCCAACAGUGACGACAAUCAGGACACUGUCUGCAUUACCGUUCUCGAGAUACCUGACCCAGACCUGGGCAAGGCCCUGGCUCUCAGGGGCGUGUUUGACGACAGCCUAGGCAUCAACGCAGAGAUGAAUGCGGACGGGGUGGAAGUCCCUAGUGCCGGUAGCUCUGUCGUUCGCGAGAUGCAAAAUGCCGUGGCUGCCGUGGCACCGGAUCUGGGCAUCAUGUCCGGACCAGCUGGCCGCGAGAGGCUGCAUGUCUUGGAGAAGAGGGAGGAGAUCCUUGAGAAGCUUGCCUAUGCCGCAGACGAAGACGGGUUCUUGAAGAAGCUGCUUUUCCCCGUCGAGGGCGAGGGCAUCAACCUGGGUCGGAAUGCUCGGGCGGACCUGCCAGCCAUCCUCAGCAGCAGUCGUGCCUGGUAUCACCUCUCGAUUCAUCCCACAGACGACGCGCCGGCCACUAUCGCGGGCUUGCCCUCCAUCACCUCCGCCUGGUCUGCAGGCACUGUCUCGCGCCAGCUCCGCUCCUGGAGGCUGCCGGAGUGGUCGAACCGACGAAACAGAAACCUGGACUUCACCGCUGACUUUGACCAUGACGAGUUUGUCACGAGAUACUCAGCUCUUGGAUGCUCGGAUGGAAAGGAAGGCAUCCAGAACUGGCUCAUGGAACGCGGUUGGACCAAUGGAGAAGUCAUAGUCGGCAACGAGCGCGUCUGGAUGCACGAGAGCGCGUGGUGGGAGGCCGAGAUGAUGAUUGACAGCAGACAGGCCGGGCCUGGAGGCGUGCAGUUGGGCAUGGGAAUGAGCAGCUCCAUGGGAUUCCAUGGCCUCGACACGGGCUAUUCUGCCCAGAGCAACGGCAGCGGCUUCUUUGGCCAGUCUCCUUUCGGAGACUCUAACGCCAACGACAGCAACGAGGGUCUUGCCCAACAGAGAAAUCGGAGCCAGGCUACGUUUCUCGGUCCAGCAGCCCUGGGUCUCAACCCCGGGUCUCGCGCACCGUCCCUCUCCGGCUCUCAACGACCCCAGAGCGUUCUCCCUGUCCACAAGGGAGACUACGGCCUUGGUUUCAAAGGAGACUACCGUAAGGGUGAAUACCAGUACAACGCCGAGGGCCAGUUCGUUGGUGGGGUUGACCCCGAGCUUCUUGAGGGGAAAAACAUCAAGGAGGAGCGGGUCACCCUUACGCGGCGUGUCUGGGUUGCUUUCGUAUGGGCAUUGACUUUCUGGAUCCCGUCGCCCCUCCUCAGCUUCAUCGGUCGUAUGAAGCGGCCGGAUGUGCGGAUGGCCUGGCGCGAGAAAGUCGUGCUAUGUUUCCUCAUCACCCUCAUCAACUGUUUCAUUAUCUUCUGGAUCGUCAUCUUCGGCAACCUGAUAUGUCCCAACUACGACAAGGCGUUGAAUUUCAAAGAAGUCGCCGAGCAUACAGGAGACAAUGACUUUUAUGUCAGCAUCCGCGGCAACGUCUACGACAUUUCCAAGUUCUGGAAGACCCAGCACAGUGACUCCUCAACCGAGACGACAACGACCAACAUGGAGCCUUUCGCUGGUGAGAACCUGGACGAAUACUUUGUGCCUCCCCUGAUCAUUGCUUGCCCUGGCCUUGUCACAGACGACACCAUCGAGCUCACUGCUAACACGACGCCGACGUACCCGACCGCCGAGCACACCUCCGGGUACUAUCAAGCUGACACCUCGAGUGCGCUGCGCAACACGUAUUGGUACAACGAGACCUUCUUGCCCAAGAUCAAGGAAUAUUACAAGGCAGAACUCGUCUGGGAGAAGGAAUACGUCAAGACCCAGGGCGCAGACGAGUAUCACAACUGGGUCAUCUACAACAACAAGGUCUUCGACCUGACGGAUUAUGUCUACACGCUGUCCCUCAUGGACGACUUGGACACCUACGAAUUCCUCAACUCCAACAUGACGUCUAUUGCCGAGGAGAAUUAUGGCCUGGACGUCACCGACAAGUGGAACGCACUCAUCAAGGAAGCCAAGGAGUCGGGCAACAGCACCGAGUAUGCGAGCUUGAUGAACAGUCUGACCUGUAUGGAGAACACCUUCUACAAGGGCAUCAUCGACUUCCGAUACAGCGCCAAGUGCCAGUUCAACAACUACCUCCUGCUUGCGUUCACCAUCCUUCUGUGCACAGUCAUCCUGAUCAAGUUCUUAUCGGCUCUUCAGUUUGGCUCGAAGCGGCGACCAUCUCCUCAGGACAAAUUUGUCAUCUGUCAGGUUCCAGCUUAUACCGAGGGUGAAGAUUCGCUGAGAAAGGCACUGGACUCAUUGACAGCUCUUCAGUACGACAACAAGCGCAAGCUCAUCUGCGUUAUCUGUGAUGGUCUCAUCACCGGCGCCGGAAAUGACCGUCCCACGCCCAAGAUUGUGCUUGACAUUCUCGGUGUUGACCCCAAGGUCGACCCGCCGGCAUUGCCCUUCAAGUCUGUCGGCGCUGGCGGUCUCCAGCUCAACUACGGCAAGGUCUACUCGGGGCUUUAUGAGUUUGAGGGCAAUGUGGUCCCGUACAUUGUGGUCGUUAAGUGCGGCAGGGAGGUCGAGCAGACUCAAACGAAGCCCGGCAACCGUGGCAAGCGUGAUUCGCAGAUCCUGCUCAUGAGCUUCCUGAACCGUGUGCACCACCGUGCCCCGAUGAGUCCUCUUGAACUCGAGAUGUUCCACCAGAUCAAUAAUAUUAUCGGCGUGGAUCCUGAGCUGUACGAGUACCUGCUGAUGAUCGAUGCCGACACUUGCGUCCGAGAGGAUUCGUUGAACCGCCUGGUGGCACGUUGUGCCAACAACGCCAAGAUUGCGGGUAUCUGCGGUGAGACGAGCUUGCAGAACGAGGAGCGGUCGUGGUGGACGAUGAUUCAGGUCUAUGAAUACUUCAUUUCCCACAACUUAGCCAAGGCCUUCGAGUCCCUCUUCGGUAGUGUCACCUGUCUGCCUGGAUGUUUCACCAUGUACCGUCUGAGAACAGCAGACCGUGGCAAGCCUUUGAUUAUCUCUGACGAGGUUAUUCGAGACUACAGCGACUGCCAUGUUGAUACCCUCCAUAAGAAGAAUCUGCUGUCCCUCGGAGAAGAUCGAUAUCUGACCACCCUCAUGACCAAACACUUCCCGCACAUGCAGUACAAAUUCACAGCCGAUGCCUACUGUCAGACAGCUGCCCCUGAGACCUGGAGCGUCUUGCUCUCUCAGCGUCGACGAUGGAUUAACUCCACUAUCCACAACUUGGCCGAGCUGAUGCGCCUCAAGGACAUGUGUGGCUUCUGCUGUUUCAGCAUGCGCUUUGUCGUCCUCAUCGACCUGACAGGAACGAUCAUCCUCCCCGCCACAACAUGCUAUCUCGGCUACCUUAUCUACAGGCUUGCUACGCACCAAGGCCAGUUCCCAACUAUCACUAUCGCCAUGUUGGCAGGAGUCUACGGUCUCCAGGCGCUCAUCUUCAUCUUGAAACGCCAAUGGCAACAUGUCGGCUGGAUGAUCAUCUACAUCCUUGCGUAUCCGGUCUACUCCUUCAUCCUGCCCAUCUACUCCUUCUGGAACCAGGACAAUUUCUCCUGGGGCAAUACCCGUGUGGUGAUCGGAGAGAAAGGUCAGAAGCAGAUCGUGGCCGAAGAUGACGAGGCCUUCGACCCGCGCUCGAUCCCGCUGCAGCGCUGGGACGACUACGCCUUGCAGAACAACCUACCCGGCCGACGUGGCAAUUACAACGAGAAGGGCAAUAUCGCCGACACCGUCCAGCCGCUGUACGAUCCCGCGGGCGGCAUGGCGGGCGACUACGAGCUCGACGACAUGAAGAGCGUGUACUCAUCGGUCCGGCAGCCAAGCAUCCUGACAGGCGUCCCUGGCCGCGGCGCGUACAUGGCCCCGCCGCAGUCCCCAGCGCCGUUCCAGACUGGACACAUGUCCCGCAACAGCGCCUUCACCGCGCCCUACGCAGACCACCCGGCCUCGCACAUGCACCGCCAGAGUACAUACAGCGUUGGCACAGGACUCGACCGCGACCAUUCGCCGUACCAGGACCGGCCUGGGUCGACGGCUAUGGGCGCGGGCUACGCACAGAGCCGCGCCGGCACAGCCAUGAGCGGGUACGGGGGUGCCUCGCCGUCUGUGGUAGACUUCUCGCGCGGGCCCGGUGUGCACGGCCCCGACGAUGCCGCCAUCACGGAGUGCAUACAGGCUGUGCUGAGGGAGGUAGACCUCGACACCAUCACCAAGAAGCAGGUACGCGCGCUCGUGGAGCAGAGACUGCAGACCGAGCUCGUCGGCGAGAGAAGGACCUUCAUGGACCGCCAGAUCGACAAUGAGCUGGCCAACAUGUAGACGCCGCCAGCCUGGUUCCCCAAGAACUUUUUGGAAAUGAUUUGGUUCUUUCCUCCCCCGGUUCUCUUUGGAUCAACGGACACAAAGUUGACACGGGUUGAGGGUGUGUGCGUCUGAUUAAUCAUUAGAUUUGGUCCUAUCCAAACGCAUUUGAGAGCGAUGAGCGGGGGUUGUGAAGGAAAGAGAAGAAAAAACACUUAUUAAGCGGCGUUACGUUGGGGUUUCCUUUCCCAUUGCACACAACACAACACACAAUUUUUCGCUCGCACGCAAGACGAACGGCUUAGGAUCAUGGGUUGGGAUAUUACUUGUUUCUGCAUGACUCUCUCUCAGUGUGUGUGUAUUGGAUCUGGAACUUGAGGAUUUCUUUUUUAUGCAUCAUGGUUGACCAUAUCAAGUAGGCAACUGAGCAAGCGGAGUUCAUUGCUCAUAAUUAAUAUUCUGGGAACAAGAAAAAACGAAGAAAGCACCUUUUGGUUUUGUGCCCUAU